AUGUCCGGCUUUGGCUAUUAUGCAAAACCCACUUCUUUUGCUGCACCGUCUGGCUCGGUGGCGGUAGGUGGCGUUUGUGUGAGCACCAACAACGGAAAUGGCAAUGCGGGUAGCGCCAACGACCGCGAGCGCGUCACCCGCAUCCUCGUGGUAGGCGAGACCCGCGUCGGGAAAACGCUGCUCAUUCGUCGUCUGUGCGACCAAAUUUUUGGCGACACAGCCAUCGAAACGAGCACGGAGGAGUACUCCGCCUUCAACAGCAGUGCCACGGCGGAGGGCGCCGCAGACGAGGACAAUCUCGGUCCGGAGUGGGGGCCGACGGUAGGCAUCGCCAUCGAUGCCUUAAAGCGCAGCACCACCGUCCUGUGCAAUGUGCCGCAUGCGAGCGAGCUCAGCAUGCCGGCUCUCUUCCCACCUACGCCGAUAGCAAACGGCAUUGCAGCGUCGUCGUCCUCCUUCAAUCACCCACCAGACCACAACAGCUACGGAGGUUACCCUUCUGUUUACGGCACGGUGCCCACGACGGGCGGUGGCGGUGGCGGCCUACAGUAUCGUGGAACUUCGGCAGCCGUUUCGGUGCCAGGUGGGGGAGACAGCAACAACACCUUUAGCUCCUCCACCAGCAACCCACCCCCGAGUCAGCUUAUGAGCCACCCUACACCUCUUCAGCAGCGCUGCACCGUGCGGCAGACCGUGGAGUUCCACGAGUUGGGCGGUUCGCACGGCUACCGCGACAUCGCCCGGCUGCCGCUGCGCAACAUUCGGUACGACGGCGUCAUCUUCGUGUACCACCGCCGCGACCUCACGAGCACGGUCUACCUGUCCGACUGGUACGACUGGGUGUGCAACGUCCUCUCUACCAGCGCCAGCGUGAGCGGACCGGGAAACCCGCACAACAGCAGCAACCGGUUCAAGACGAUGCCGCGCUUCAUGCUGGUCGGGACGCAGCUGGUGGGCGAUGAGCUGACGGCCGCAGCGGCAGGGGUGCGGAAAGAUGUGGACAGCACUUUGCAUAUUGGCACUGUCGCCGUUUCGGACGAAGCGCUGCUGGACGGCAACUUUGAGGUGAAGGUGCGCGUGCUGCAGUCCCCGCAGACACCCGCCUCUCGCAGUCGGGUAAAGCGUGUGGGCCGCACCGUCGUGCGUAGUGUAGCGUGGCCUUACCACGUCUUCUGGUGCUUGUGGCAUCCAUUCUUCUUCUUGUCCGAGCAGUAUCAAGAAGAGCGAGGCCCAGGCAGCAAACUCACGACGCUAUGCACGCGGCUGGUGGAGCGGGUCGUGUGGCUGCUUUACAAGAUGGAGCAGACACUCCUGUAUUUGAUGGCCGUCGUUCUGUUCGGGCCCUACCAAGAGGCCGUGGUGCUCGGACAUUCCCGCACGAAGCAGACGCUGGAAAAGCUGCGCAGAGAUGAACAGUGCGUGGCGCAGGCGCAUGUGUGCCGCCUGGACAGCGACAUCGCGCUGCAGUCGUCGCUGGACGAGAUUGUCGCCUUUUUCGAUCUUCUUCUGAGGGAAGACUGA